CGAGGUGAGGGAGGAGGAGGAGGAGGGGGAAGAUGGCGGCUGUAGGCGCGUCGGACGCCGGCCGGGGCCGCCUCCGCUGCCCCCGCCGCCCGCGCCCGGCUCUGGGCUUCGUCCUUCCGCUGCUGCUGCUGCUGGCGCUGUCGGAGCCCGCGCGGGCCGCCGGCCGGACCCUCGUGCUGCUGGACAACGUUCACCUCAGGGAGACGCACUCCCUCUUCUUCCGGAGCCUCGCCGACCGAGGAUUCGAUAUUUCCUACAGGACCGCCGACGAUCCCGGCUUGUCCCUCAUCAAAUACGGCGAAUUCCUCUACGACAACCUCAUCGUCUUCUCCCCCUCGGUGGAAGAUUUUGGCGGGAAUAUCAACGUGGAGACCAUCAGUGCUUUUAUAGACGGGGGAGGCAGCGUCCUGGUGGCCGCCAGCUCAGACAUCGGUGACCCCCUGCGAGAGCUGGGCAGCGAGUGCGGGAUCGAGUUUGACGAGGAGAAGACCGCCGUCAUCGACCAUCACAACUAUGACGUCUCCGACCCCGGUCAGCACACGCUCGUCGUGGCCGAUUCCGAGAACCUCCUGAAGGCCCCGACCAUCGUGGGGAAAACAUCCCUCAAUCCCAUCCUCUUCCGGGGAGUCGGGAUGGUGGCAGAUCCCGAUAACCCCCUGGUGCUGGAUAUCCUGACGGGCUCUUCGACUUCGUACUCUUUCUUCCCGGAUAAACCCAUCACCCAGUACCCCCACGCCGUGGGAAAGAACACCCUCCUGAUCGCCGGGCUCCAGGCUCGGAAUAACGCCCGGGUCAUCUUCAGCGGCUCCUUGGAUUUCUUCAGCGACGCCUUCUUCAACUCGGCUGUGCAGAAAGCCACCCCCGGCUCCAAGAGGUACUCUCAGACCGGCAACUACGAGCUGGCCGUGGCCCUGUCCCGCUGGGUGUUCAAGGAGGAAGGGGUGCUGCGGGUCGGGGCCGUCACCCACCACCGAGUCGGGGAGAGGACCCCGCCCAAUGCCUACACCGUCACGGACCUGGUGGAAUACAGCAUCGUGAUCGAGAAGCUUUCCGACGGAAAGUGGGUUCCCUUUGACGGAGAUGACAUCCAGCUGGAGUUCGUUCGCAUCGAUCCUUUCGUGAGGACUUUCCUGAAGAAAAAUGGGGGCAAAUACAGUGUCCAGUUCAAGCUCCCUGAUGUCUACGGGGUGUUCCAGUUCAAAGUGGAUUACAACCGGCUGGGCUACACUCAUCUGUACUCCUCUACUCAGGUAUCCGUCCGCCCCCUCCAGCACACCCAGUACGAGCGCUUCAUCCCCUCGGCCUUUCCCUACUACGCCAGUGCCUUCUCCAUGAUGGUGGGGCUCUUCAUCUUCAGCGUCGUCUUCUUGCACAUGAAGGAGAAAGAGAAAUCUGACUGAGAGCCCCACGGCUCUCCAGUGAUUUGGGACAUGGGAGGGGUGGGGGUGUUUUCUAUGACUUUUUUUUUUUUUUUUUUAAGUCCAAGGGACCUCGGGAAGGGAGGGAAUUACCUUGGUGGGAUAUGCUGUGCCUAUUACCUCUGAGGAGGAAUCGGGCCCCCCCCCCCAAUCUUCAUUCCCAGAAUAAAAGAUUGAAAUGUG